AUGCUGGGGGAACUUAUGGACCAGCUGGGUUCAGAGCCAGAAGGGCUCAGAAGAUACGGACUUUGCAACAAGAGGCAAGUGGCCCAAACUACAAGUGGGUCCCAGGAUGACAGUCCAAAUGUAGAGAGACCUGCCUUCCCAUCUAGAGACAUCAGAAACAGACCAGUCCCGGCCACACUGCUGCAGGUGCCAGAAAAGUCCGACAGUCCAAAUGUAGAGAGACCUGCCUUCCCAUCUAGAGACAUCAGAAACAGACCAGUCCCGGCCACACUGCUGCAGGUGCCAGAAAAGUCCAGAAGGAAACCCGAGGUUUCCGUCUCCUAUUCCUCUGAGGACACGUACACAUUCUUCUGCCCCCGGGUGAUUUCUUGUGGAAGACAGCAACAGUUUUGGUAUGGAAUUUGA